UCUAGAUAUAACAUUUCCUUAUCGUUGCAGCUCAAAGGGCUUGUGAUGACAGACUGAUUUAGUUCCACGUUAAAUUUCAAGUGAUUCCUGUUAACAGUAGUAUAAGCAACGUCUUCAAAAUUAGUUCCAAGUGUCGAGAUCUGAAGAAACAGCAAUCAAAUAUCGAGAAAAAAAUGUCAGGAGUGAAAGUUGAACAGUUGCCGGUCCCUUGUCUGUACUUGGGGGAGGGUCCCCACUGGCAGGAGGAUUUAGAGGCACUGCUUUACGUCGAUGUCUUCAACAAGGCGGUUUGUCGUUACUUCGUCAACACUGGCAGACACCAAGUUCUGCAUAUAGAUGACGGUGGGAAGGCCAAGUCAGUCACCCUCGUGGUGCCAGUGGAGGGCAUGAAGGAGUGGUACGUGGUGUCCGUGGGGAACACUUUGUGCGCCGUUCACUGGAAGGUGUCAGAUCCUGACGACCAUACCGUCGUACCAAAAGUCCUUCAGGUAACUACAGACAGCCACUUUAACGACGGCAAAUGUGACCCUCAGGGCAGGCUAUGGGCAGGAACAAUGGGCCCACAGGACGAAAAAGGAGAGUUGCUGAAGAUGAACGUUUCUUCGCUGUAUCGAAUGCACUCUGACCUCACUCUGAAAAAGUGUGUUGAAAAGGUUUCGGUGUCAAAUGGUCUGACGUGGAGUCCUGAUAAGAAGCAUUUUUACUACAUCGAUUCUGAAGCCUUCUCCGUGGAUGCCUUCGCUUACGAUGACCUCACGGGACAAAUAAAGAAUCGUCGCGUCCUCUUGGACUACAAGAAAUCCAACCUUGGCGACGACAUUCCCGACGGCAUGACUUGUGACGUCAGUGGAAACUUGUGGGUCGCAAACUUCAAAGGAAGUAAGGUCAUAUGUGUAGCCCCAGAAACAGGUCAAAUCAUCGACCAGGUCAAUUUGCCUUCCAAGAAUGUGACCUCUGUGUGCUGGGGUGGCCCAGACUACAGCACACUUUACGUGACCUCAGGAAAGAUGAGACUGAUCCCCGAAGAGGUCAAGGAGAUACCAGCUGCCGGAGGCACUUUUGCCGUGACUGGCCUUGGAACGAAGGGUCAAGCAGCCAACGCCUUUCGACCUGACCUCAACCUUUUCAGGACUAAAGUAGGAUUAUAGGAUUUCCAGGCUUUAUGAGUUCCAUUCAGAAAGCCUCUUAAUUUCUAUGACAGAAUUUUAUAUCGAAGACGCUGAGGUUACUCUCUCUCUCUCUCUCUCUCUACGAAUUGUGUUUGAGGACACGACUUUCAAGGUAGUAGAGGAAAAGUGGUCAAAAUUUA